CAACAAUUGAAAAUUAAAAGAAAUUUAUAAAGUGUUGGGAAUUGUCUGGCUUAUAUCAUAAGUAGAUAGUAGAUUUUAUAGUGGAUAGUCUAAAAAUGGCAACACUUAAAGAACAGAAAGAAUUAUUUGUGUCUGAUCUUACCGGUGGUACUAUUGGAGAAAUCUAUGCAGUAACUACUGUAGCCUUAACUUCAUACCUUUCAUUAUAUUUAAUUAAAAGUUCAGUAACAUCUCAAGUAUCAAUAACAUUUUUAAAUGAUUAUGUAUUAAGUUGUUUAACUAUCCUUGCAUCAAUUACUAUAUAUAGUAGUAAUAUAACUUACCUUCAUACAUUAAUUAUAACUCCUGGUAUCUUAGCUUAUAUAAUCUCGAGUAUUUCGCAACAUCAAUCAUCAUCAACUAAAUCAAAGCAAAAGCAUUCAAAUAGUAAUAGUAAUAGUAAUAGUAAUAGUACUACUACUAAUAAUAAUGACAAACAAUUAGAUCUCUUACCUAAAAAGGCAUUCAUAACUGCUUAUAGAGCUCAUAUGCUUAUUAUCACCAAUUUAGCUAUAUUGGCUGUUGAUUUUAAUAUAUUUCCUCGAAGAUUUGCCAAAGUUGAAACAUGGGGAACUUCACUUAUGGAUUUAGGAGUUGGAUCAUUUGUAUUUUCAAUGGGGUUAGUUAAUUCUAGAUCACUAAUGAAACAAGAAUCUUAUAAAUUUUCAUGGAAUUCUUAUUUAUCCAUAGUUAAACGAAGUAUUAUAAAAUCAAUUCCAAUUCUUUUUCUUGGUAUUGCCCGUCUAGUUAGUGUUAAACUGUUAGAAUAUCAAGAACAUGUAUCUGAGUAUGGUAUACAUUGGAAUUUUUUUAUUACUUUAGGAUUCCUUCCUAUUUUAUUAGGAAUUCUUGAUCCUAUACUUAAUUUAUUCCCUCGAGCAAUAGUAGCCUUUGUUAUUGCAGGAACCUAUGAAGUCAUACUUCAAAAUACAAAUCUUUUACAUUAUAUCUUAACUUCUGAAAAUAGAUUAAAUAAUAUUAUAACCAUGAAUAAGGAAGGUAUAUUUUCAUUCAUAGGUUACUUUAGUAUCUUUGUGUUUGGACAAUCAUUCGGUCCAUCAAUAUUAACAGGAUAUAAGACAGUAGGAAAUUUAUUAUAUCCAUCUCGUACUAAACCAAUAAAGCAACAUCAAAAAUCAUGGACUACAGUAGAUACUACUACUGCGUUGAUUAUUUUCUCAAUAUUUUAUCAAUUAGCAUCAACAUAUUUCAUCAAUGUUUUCUAUACUACUGCAAUAUCAAGACGUUUAGCUAAUUUCAACUAUGUAUUAUGGGUAGUAGCAUAUAAUGCAAGUUUAUUAUUAGGUUAUAAUGUUAUUGAAAGGUUAUUUCCAAGAAUUACAUCUACAAGUUAUUUAUUGGAAUCUACUAAUAAUAACGGAUUACUCUUAUUUUUAAUUUCCAAUUUACUUACUGGUUUCAUUAAUAUGACAAUCAAUACUUUAGAGACUAACACUUACAUCUCAUUUGGUAUAUUGAUUUUAUAUUCGUUGGUUAUAAGCUACAUUGCUGUUGAAUUGAAUAAGAGGCAUAUAUAUAUAAAAUUAUAGAAGUUGACAUAAAAUAAAU